AUGCGUACUCGUUCACAGCAAGCUUCGCCCGGUGGCUUCGUGUCACUCGAGGAAAAUGCCCCACGUCGAACCAGGUCUGCGAGGAAUGCUGCGCACCAGGAACCUGCAACGUCAGAGCAACCCCCGACCCGUGCAAAGUCUCAGCGCGCACCUAAGAAGACGAAUACCACUACCACCAAGAAGCCCACAACCAAGACUCAGACACGGAAAACUACUACAACGAAGCGCACGACGCGCCAGUCGACACGUAAAACCGACAAGCCCGUUUCAGACGAGGAUACGCAGCCCACCCAUACAGAGGAAGAUCACGCCACAGAUACUACGGCUGCAGAGAUGACUACCCCUGGGGAGGACCCGAAAGUUGUCGACCCAACACCCUCAGUAUCUGAAAACGAAAACCCUGAUCUGACCCGGAAGCGUGCCCGGGCAGAUUCAAGCGACGAAGAGACCCAAGGCCCGCAGACGCCUGCCGCAAACAAGCGGCGUAACCUUGGCCCCCCCGGCAGCACGCCGUAUCGACCCGCAACCCGGCCGCGCUCACUAACUGCGAACAUUACUCCGUAUUCUGAGAGACUACGGAGACGGCAAGCUGAAAAAGAUGGCCGUAUUCACUCCACUUCGCUUCGCGUAUCUCAAUUGCUGGCCCAACAGGAAGCUGACCGGCGCCGCCAGGCAGCAGAGUCUUCUGCGCCCCCAUGCUCUGAGCUGCCGCGUACCACCUUUGAUUUCUCACUUGAUAACGCUCACGAAACCAGUCAUGAUCAAGAGCAGGCGCAAAGCUUACAGCAACAGUCUUCUACGCCCGAGCCGCCGGCCACUCCGGAGCGCCAGAGUGGUUGGAACCUCCGUGGUCUGCUCAACUCCGUACCUCGCACCUUCACAAGAAUCCUACCCUCUUUCAGGAGGACCCCCGAACCUACUCAAGUGCAAGCGUCUCCCCAACCAUCUUCCGAGCGUAUUGAUCGGACGCAACCCUCUCAGGCAUCCUCUAGUGUUUCUCAGAGCCAAGCACAGAGUAGCCGCAGAUCCAGCGAGGAGCCACCUCAAAAGCGCCGUCGCAAGUCUUGGUCUCUCUUUGCACAACCCUUUGAUAGAUCCCUCUACCUUGGGGACAUCCCUAAGAAGGACUCAGCAGCUCCGUCUUCUGCUCCAUUACUGUCUCGCCCCGCUCCCAAGCCAUCAACAGAAGAAACAACACUGCAAGGAUCAGCCACGCCAGACGCGCAGAAAGAUGUAGGCGUGGAAGGCCAAGAUUCUUGGGGGCGCGAGGCAGAAGAACAGAAGCAAAAGAAGCGGAAGCGCUCCCCGUCGCCUGACGUGAUUCCCAACCCUCCAGGAUGCAGUUAUGGGCUGGACUUAGAUUACUUCUGCUAUAGCUCUGAAAGCGAGGAUGAGCAAGAAAUUCCGCUGCCACGAACUGAGCCAAACAAAUCUGGUCGUUUAGCUAAGACAGCUGUCCGCGGCGCCUUGCGCUCAGAGCGGCAUUCGUCGAAGAAAGUCCGCUUCGAUGCGAGUCCAGAAGAUACACCAUCCAAACUCCGACUGCGUGCUCGUGCAACCGACCCAUACCGUGGAAGGCACUUCAUUGGAAUGGGUAACGAUUCUGAGAAUGCUACCCCAGAGUCUCCCACCCCCGCUCCUCAUGCCGCUGAUGAGUCUUCAAGCCGCCGUCCUGGAUUCGUCCCAAACGUCCAGGGAACUUUCCAGUUAGAUUACGACGCCUUCUUAGACGAUUCCGAAUCCAGCGGGGCCUCUGCAUCAGCAAAUGUCUCUGCCUCCGCACCUACCCCUGCACCUAGCUCACCUACCGCCACUCGGGCUAGUAUCUCGGAAAGUGUGCCACCUACAGAGUCCCGUCAGACUCCACGUCAAGCGGCUCCAGCCCCGUCAACUCCUGCGAAGAUUGACGAAGAGGCUCUCGCCAGAGCUCGCUCACAGGCUGAGAAAUACAAGCCUAAAACCCCUAGUGGCCUUCGUACUGCAAGCAGAUACUCGAGUCCUAUGACUGCUACCCCCGACGCAAUCCCUGCAACUGCCAUCGCACCCGCAGUCACACCAACACCACUCACGUCCGAAACGGCACUCGCACCUGCGCCUGAGCCCGAGCAGCAGACUAUUGAAGAUUUUGGAGACGAUGAAUUUGCCCGUGAGGCUCAGUGGCUCUAUGAGAAUUGCCCAUCUGGAGACCUCAACGACCUUGUGUGGCCUCAGCCUGUAACAUAUGAAGAGCAAGGUUUCAGUCCCGAGGUGAUCGAUCUUGUCAAUGAGAUUUGGGAUCCCUCAACUGUCGACUAUGCUUAUACCAACAUCUGGAAGCCUGGCCUUGACGCGUUCAGGCGCGAAUUAGAAUCCGGCGCAUCCGAAGCUGCACAAGCGUGA